AUGUAUAAGGAAUUCAUGUCUUCAAAACCCAGUUUUGGGUCACGGGUGCAGUUGACUGUGACUGAAUCAGAUUUGAGAAAUAACAGAGUCCUUGAUGAUCUUGUAAAGAGCUUCCGAUCUGCAAGGCAGCAGUUUUUGCGGAUUGAGUCCGAAUCUCCACCAAAGACAAAUUGUAAAGGACCCAUCAGAAAAAAAGUGCAAGAAAAUAUGUUACGUAACUGCUUUCUUCAGAAAGCAAACCCUUUAUCAUCUUCAAAAGAGGCUGAAUCACAACCUUCCUGUACAGACAUAAGACCCAAGACUCUUUUGGAAAAAAAUAUUAAGGUGGAGCCCCUAGAGAUUCCUACAGGAUCUGCAUCCAGUACAUCUUCCAACCCUGAACGACCUUCAUCUUCUUUGAGGGUUAAGCAAUUUAUAAAAGUGGAAUGUCCAGCAUGUGGACUUGGCAUUUCUGAACAGCAUAUCAACAAACAUCUGGACAUCUGUGUGAUGAAGGGUGAGAAAAAGGAGAGCCUGAGAAGCUCUGUUGCCAAAAGGAAACCCAUGGCCAAAGUGGUUUAUGACCUGCUGUCUGAUCGAGACCUAAAGAAAAGACUAAAGGAGCUCACCCUUACCACACAGGGAACCAGACAGCAGCUCAUUAAAAGGCACCAGGAGUAUGUUCAAAUGUACAAUGCUCAGUGUGACUCAUUAAACCCCAGAUCAGCUCAGGAAAUUGUAAACGAAGUUGAAAAGAAUGAGAAGAUAAGAGCACAAUAUGACAGACAAUCCAAUAGUGUGAUGGUGUUUUCAAAGAAUCAAACAGAAGAAGAAAUUGAAGAAAUACAUGCACAAUACCGUAAACAGCACCAGAGCGAGUUUCAUCUUCUGAUUGAGAAGGUUAGAAGUCGCUGGAACUCGGGGAAAAGGAAGCUUAAAGAAGAGCCAAUAAUAGAAGGAUCUUGUGAAAGAGAAUGUUCAACAGAUGUGAAGAAGCCAUACAGAGACAUGACACCAGAGACUUACAAACCCCAGUCUGAAUCCGAAGUUUCUUUGGAAGAUGAGUCACUCCUUAUGAAUGACAUCCAAGAACCCUCAAGUCCUUCAUUAUCUGUGAUUUCGAUUAGCAGCUCCUGUUCAGACAUUUUCAAUUUUGAAGUUACAGAUGAACAUGAAGACCACACUAACAAUACUCUGGAAACAGAAAGUUAAAGAUUCAGAAAUGAGAAGUGAUCCACAAGUGAUGGCAUUGAUGUUGACGAUGAAACCAUUGGAACAUCAGGACAUUGAAAUAUAAUUCAUUUAUCUCAUGUGCAAAGACUUCCUGACCAUGUGCAUCUGGUGCCCUAACAUUGUGGUGAUGUUGUGCAUAUUUAUGUUGUAUAUCUAGAUUUUAUGUCACAACUGUGUCCUCUUCAAUUACCAUUAAGAAAAAUACCCAUUAUAUAUCAUAAUGUAAUUGUUAACCAUAAUAAACACAA